CGCAGAGGUAAAAUAAACCUCCCCACAGUUCAGUCCUCUGUUGAGGGUAAGGUUGAUGAUGACAUUGUAGUACUGGAUCGACUCAGGUCAGCCCGCAGCCAGGACGGAGGAUUCCAGUUCUGAUGAAGAGUUUGUGCUCCGGGAUGAUGAUGAAGUGAUAAGGAAAGCAGAAAUGCCAGAAGGUGAUGCGAUGUUUGCAGAACUGCCCCAGACAAGCUCUCCUGUCCGUGCCAGUAGCCCCAUACAAGCCCUGGAAGAUGAGAGUGAUGAAGCUCCUAUUGGAGUGAGGAAAUCGUCUCGGCAUGCUGUCAUCACAGACAGUGACAGCAACGAUGAUGACGACUAUGAUACUUGUCACAGUGACCAACAGAUGAACUUUACAUCGUCCAGUGCCUUCUCCAGUCAGAGUGAAGUCCUCACAACACAGCAACAAGGAAAACUUGAAAAAGACCUUGAGAACAUGAGAGAGGAGAUUAAACGUCUUGAAGCCAUGAAAGAUGUCGCUGAGAGAGAAGACGAAGAUGGGACCAUGGUAGAGGUUGCGGAGGACGCAGACGUGGGCGACAUUGUUGAGGUAAACUGCAAGAUGGCAACUCCUAAUGUCAUUCCAGCAUCCAACAAGACAAAAGAUGGGUACGACUCAAGCGAUGACAGCAACUUGAGCCAUGACGACCUGUUCCUCAGCCCCAGGUCGCCCUCUCCUCCACCUGACUUCGACACACUACCUAAGGCGCGGAAGUCAGCUGAAAUCGUCAAAGCCUUUGAGAUAAUUGAGAAAAUCAAAUCCCCAACCCAGGCCAAUUGUGCCAGUAGUCGGUCAGUUCUUAGUCCCCUUCAGACCAGCAACAUGGGGAACCCUCGGUCGGAGAAGAUUGUCCUCAUCACAAGCGGACUUAGUAGAGAGCAGGCGAUGUCUGUCCAAGAGUUCACUAAGGUUACCGGCAGUGUGUUCUUCCCAAAGUUCAACAAGACUGUCACCCACAUUGUUGUCAAGAAAGCUGCAGGCGAGGCUCGACCUGUUUGUGACCGGACGCUCAAGUACUUCCAGGGGAUUGUGGGCAAGUGCUGGGUGGUGUCCUUCGACUGGGUGAGGGACUCGCUACUCGCCAACAAGCCACUCCCAGAGGACAAGUACGAGAUUGUUGGUGACACAGUUAUUGUGGAGGACCACCAUGGCCCCAAAAGGUCAAGGACAUCGCACAAGAAGCUGUUUUCUGGGUUCACGCUCACAUGUAUCGGAGUCAGCGAUGAAAUGACUAAAGAGGACAUGAGCUUGCUGCUGCAACAGGGCGGGGCCACGCUGGCCGAUGACCCCUGGGAGCUGGGCAAGAUGGCGGCUGCCAUCCCCAUGAUCAUCCGAUGCCUAGAUACAGAGGAGGAGGCACCCACCAAAUCGGAGGUGGAACACUUUAACUGCUUCUACAAACACAACCGGUUGAUCACCGUGUCCAGAGAGUGGGUCCUUGACAGCAUCAGCACCUGGAGACUCCAGCCCCUGGACGACUACAUCCUCAACAGCAUCAAAAACAUCGUCCUGCCUUUCUGAUAGCUGAAAUCUUCAUUCAUCAUCAACAGCAUCAAAAACAUCAUCCUGCCUUUCUGACAGAUGAAAUCUUCAUCAUCAACAGCAUCAAAAACAUCGUCCUUCCUUUCUGGUAACCGACUAUCCUUACAUCUUCAAAUAUGUUGAUACUAAAGUAGUUUUGUUUCACCCUCACGUGAUAUUUUAGACGUACAACAUACAGAAGAGCUGUUGGCAUCUUGUGCAGAUAUGAGUAGAUAUGGACUUGUAAAUACUUGGAUAUAGAUUUAUAUGUGCUUGUCUUUGCUUGAAUAUAUGCAUAGAUAUUAGUUGUUACAUGAUCAGCUGAUGUUUAACCAGAUACGUACAAGACAAUCAGUCGUUUUUCACAGCUUCUGUUUAUUUUUUCUGGUGAAAUGACCCAAAGCUGUUAUUUUUAAAGCUACCAUAAAAAAUGUCCGGAAAUGUAAGAGGAACUAUGUUUAUGGAUAGGAAUAAUAAUUAAUAAAAUAAUGUUAGUUUUUGUUAAAAGUUGUUCAAAGAGUUUCAGAGACCAAUGUUCAUGUGGGUGGGUGGGUGUAUGUGGGCAGGUGGGUGGAUGUUGCCUCAGAUCUCGCCAGUAAUGGGAUGUAAGCAUUUGUCAUAUGAAAAGUAUUUCAGCUGCAUGUGGGUUGAUAAUUCAGUGAUUUGCAAGAUGAUGGGUGCUUUUACUGUAAGUACAGUAAUCUUGAAUCAAUGUUUCAAAGAAAGCAUUUGUAUCAAAACGUAUGUGUGAGAUGUGUCAGUGAAUAGGUUUUGAACAAAGCUUAGGUUGUUUUCUGUUCAUCGUGUGCAAUGUUUUAUGCUUGUUUUGUUAAGUUUUAGUAUGUUGCUUUAGCCAAAUUCAUAGAAUUAUGUAUUUACUUCAAAUUAAUAUAAGUCAGGUAGUUUCGUAGUUCUUGUUUCUUAUAUUCAGUCCAUGUAGAUCUGGUCAAGCCAACAUAGAUAGUUCUAGUGGACCGUGGUCAUAAUCAUCAGUCCCGAGAAAACACUCUUCUUCACUUUUGUUUUCUUGUUUUGGUUUGCCAAUGUCUUUUUUUUGUGUUAAGAUUUAUAUACCACCCUAAAAAUAAUACAGUCAAAUCCCGAUGAGUCGAAUGCCGGUGUCUCCAAUAUUAUGCAUAACUCGAAGUACCUGUCGGUCCCGACCAUUCCCUGUUAUAGUUGUCAUCAUU